AUGUCCCUAAACCGCAUCUCUUUCCUCGAAGGGUGGGAACGCAACCGCGCGGCCUUUCUCAGCAACCCCGAAUCGGAGGAUUCAGAUCCGGACGCCUACCAAGAUCUGCCGGAGGGAUCUGUGUCAUCUUCAUUUCCCUCCACAUACAGCAGACUGAAUUUCAACCCGUAUGCGGGGCCAGGCUGGAAUGAGAGCCCAGAGGAUCCACACGACGAGCGAUCAUCGUUUUUCGGACCCUCAUUUCUGGGUCGCUCUCCGACGCCUACCCGUGGAGAACGUGCGGGUUCUGUUUCAGCGCAGGGGUUCGGAUCUGCCGAGCGGGCUGUGCAUGGGGAUUCAGGGACAACCGUUGCUCGGAAGCAGCCCUGGGCAGAUACUACUGGUGCUUAUGAAGUGAGCGCUGCUAGAAGGAUUGCCCAGAUUUGCACGGCAGUUGUAUACUGCUUUCUGGCUGCUGGAGUCGUUUUCGGCUUUGCAGCUCUCAAGCCCGUCCUUAUUCGUGAGAAAGUAUAUCGCAACCUCUGCUCCCGGGCGGAGCUCGAGGAAGAUGUCGAUGUCUGCUACGGGCAGGAGAUCCGGCUAAACCUGAUGUUCACCAUCGCCGCUGUAGUAACCAACGUCUCAGCCCUGCCCGUAGGAACAAUCCUAGACGCGUAUGGACCACGAGUGUGUGGGAUCAUCGGUAGUAUCUGUCUCGCUGUAGGAGCAGUACUCUUCGGGACAGCCAACCAGCUUCCAUUCGAUGGAUACGUCCCAGGUUACUUAUUCCUAGCGCUGGGUGGGCCAUUCGUAUUCAUCCCGUCCUUCCAUCUAUCAAACGCGUUCCCUACACGAUCAGGCCUGAUUCUAUCAAUGCUGACAGGCGCCUUCGAUGCGUCAAGUGCUCUAUUCCUGCUCUUCAGACUGUUAAGCGAACACACCCAAGGCCUCGUAUCAGUCAGUAAUUUCUUCGCGGCGUAUCUCGUCGCGCCGGUCUUCAUCAUCGCAGCACAGAUCUUCAUAAUGCCACCAACAUCCUACAAGACUGCGGGCGAGCUCGUGCAACAAGCCGAAGAGCAAGUCGCAGACGAAAUACACGAUCGCGUGGACGACACGGUCGGCGACCGCAGUGAGGGCGAGCGCCAGCGUAUGGACAGACGACUCCGUCGUCAAAGCAUCGUCAGCCAAAUCCAAGGUCUACUAGAGGACGGCACAGCAUCCGUAAUGUCCGGCAACACAAUCAACAACUCCGUCUUCCACACUAACAUCGACACCGAACGCACCGGAGCAACCCAGGGAACUACAGCACCGCACACCCACACGGACCAACAACAACCAACCACCCCCAACCCAGCCCCCGGCGGAAUCUGGGGCGUUCUCCACGGCCACAGCGCACUAUACCAACUCAGCACACCAUGGUUCACACUAAUAACAGCCUUCACAGUCCUAAUGAUGCUACGAAUAAACUACUUUGUCGCAACGCUACGCUCACAAUAUACCUACCUUCUCUCCGCUGAGACAGCAGCCCAAAUAAAUACAACAUUCGACAUCCUCCUCCCAGUCGGCGGGCUCAUUUCCGUCCCAUUUAUCGGUACAUUCCUCGACAUUUUCCAGACGCGCACUGUGCUAUUCAUCCUGGUCAUGUUUGCAACUAUGAUCGGCGUGCUGGGUUGUAUACCGCAUCCGAUCGCGGCGUAUGGGAAUAUCAUUCUCUUCGUAUUGUACCGACCGUUCUAUUACACUGCUGUGUCAGACUACGCGGCUAAGGUGUUUGGGUUUGCGACGUUUGGGAAGGUGUACGGGCUUAUUAUCUGUCUUGCUGGUGUUGGGAAUUUUGCGCAGGCGGGGCUUGAUGCGCUCACAUUGCGGGUUUGGCGGGGGAAUCCUGUUCCUGUUAAUGUUGGGCUUACCGUGUUGGUUGCAGGGGUUGGAGGUGGGCUUGUUGGGUUUGUUGCUUAUCAGACGCGUGUUUUGGCAGGUGGGAAGAGGGGUGAUGGUGAUCAGUAUCAGGAUGUUAGCGAGAGGGAGCCGCUGUUGAGGAAUGAAGUACCUGGGGGAGGGUAUGGGGCUUGA